CGAGGUCAUGGGCGACCCUUAAAACAUGGCGGCGGCUAGCUAAUAUGUCAAAAUGCUUUAGCUGAGGAGUUUCCUAGAAAAUCAGCAUAUUUCUGCACGGCACAUUUGAAUACUAGUGUUUUAAUUUAAACCGGGAUCCGCCAGAGAUUGUACCCAGCGGGCGUCUGACGGCAGUGAAUCUUUCAUUGUGUCCGACUGAGCUCGGAGUGGUUCUGUGAAAGAACGGGUAUUAAUGGCAGCAGCUGCCCUGAAGUUGGGCGAGCAGAAAGGUGAAAAAAUGGGUUUGCCGUGUGAAAAGGACACAGAUAACCAACCAGGACAGAUUAACCAGGAGAGUAAAGGAGCUACUCAGGACUCAGAGCCGCAAAACAUGAAGUCGGAGAUGCAAAUGUCUGGUCUGACCUCCCAGGUUCCCCCAGAUGUGGACCAGGAAAGCCCAGUUAAUACAGAAGGAACCCAGAAGAAUCAAGGUUCUAAGGCAAAGACUCCUGUCAAAAGGAGGAGAAAGGAGAUUAUUCAACAGACACCACCACAACAUGACAAUUCAGCAAUCUCUGACACUUCUGAACUCACUGCUAGUGGUCGGCCCAAGAGGAGAGCUGCUAAAGUUGCUUUAGAUUAUCUUCACAAGCUGGCCAAGGAUCUCGGGACUCAAUCAACAAAAGAUAGGCCCGAAUCUGGUGAAGCGAACAGCACCUCCCGGAAAACGAAUGCAGCAAAGAGAAGGGGGACGAAAAGGAAAACUCCAGAGUCUGACAGCGACUUAGAUGAUGAUGAGGAUUUUUCCCCAGGAAAGGAUGAAGCGGCAGAGAGUGAAGAGGAAGAAGAUUCAGAGCCAGACUUCAGCUUGAACGUGGAAAAAGCAAGACCACCCAGAGGCAGUGCUAAAAGCAGACCACCCAGAGGAAACUAUCAGUGUCUGCUUUCAAAUGGCUUGGCUAACAAUGUGAUGGAGCCUGUCUGGAACUGUUUUAGUAGGACCAAAUCAUUCCGGGAUGAAUACUUUUCCCCCUGGGUGUUUCCUGAAUGGAUUCCUUCUGCCAAAGAUUGGCAUUUCCUGUCCAACAGUGAGGCUGAAAAAUAUUUACCGCAAGAGAAAGAAUCUGCCUCUUUUACCUUUACUCGGGAAAAAAUCAAGGGACGGAUCAAACUGCAAACGGUGAAAAGGUUUGAAUCAUUGCCACAUCAUUCUGAGCGCUGGGACACUCUGUUCUUUGUGGGGGGUCCUGUGCGGUCCAUGGAGUGGUGCCCAUGUCCUGACGGGGCAGCAAAAAGACAGUAUGCCGCCAUCUACUGCCACAAAGGCAUGGACGACAAACACAAAAUCAACAACCUGUACUCAGGUCCUGCCUUACUGCAGCUGUGGGACAUCGGAGACCUUCAGUGUAAAAGAAGGCCCUCAACUGCUCCUCAUCUAGCAUAUGCUCUAGCGAUCGAUGACGGAUGCAUCUGGAAUAUAAAGUGGUGUCCUGCAGGAGUGUGGGAGCUGCCCUCCACCAACAGAAAGGCACCACAAAUGCCUAGAUUAGGUCUUCUAGCAGCAGCUUUCUCUAAUGGAACCAUCGGUGUCUACAGUCUUCCACACCCAGAAGCCCUUGCAGCACACCAUCAAAGUAAAGGAGAAACCAGCCAAGCACCGCUGAUAUGCCGGGUGAAGAAGACGCUUUGUGUGAAAAUGGGCUCCAACCAGGCAGAUCAUAAAGGUCAAAGUGGCCUGUGCUUUGCUAUGGAUUGGCUCCAUGUCAAGCCACAUAACCUUUUGGCAGCUGGCUUCUAUGAUGGUCUGGUUGGUUUGUGGGAUCUUGCUAGCAAGUCUACACUACUGAGAGUCAAGGCUCCCGAUGGAGUUGUGUCCCUCUUCCCUUACCACUGUUUUCAUGCCCACGACGAGAACAUCCGAACUCUGAGCUGGUGCAAAGCCUCGAGUAACUUGUUGGUGACAGUCGGAGAUGAUCGCAUGGCUAAAAUGUGGGAUGUGAGGAAAGCCUGCGUGCCUCUUAUGGCAGUGAAGCGCUGCCUGUCCCCUGAAGUGUACUGGCCCCUCUUUUGGAGCGGCUUCCUGUUGGCUCAAGAGUGUUGCUUUGCCACUUUUGGGCAACAUGGAAUCCAUUAUUUUGAUUCAGGUUACCUUGGAAUUAAGCCUUACUUUGUGUGUCCUAGAAAAGCCACUAUUUGGAGCCUGUCUAUGUCUGAUUGGAUAAACACUUUUGCUGUUGCGGACAAUGGAGGAGAUUGUUUAUUUAGUUUGCUUCCUGAAAUGGAUAUGGACCCCAACAAUAUCAGACGACGGAGAUAUUCAGUGUACAGGACUGACAUGGUCCAGUUUGAACCCGGUGAGGGGCCUGGAGACGAGGAACAGGAGGAGGACAUGGAAAACGCUCCAAAUAACCCGGGGAAGGAGCCAUUGACUUACAAAGGAGCAGUCAGAAAGUACUAUCUCCACUUUCAUGACUUGGACCUGGGGAACUUUGCUAAGUGUGAAAAUCGGCCCAUGAUGAAGCACCUGCAUCAAAACGAGGUCAAAGGUGUCGCUAAAGUGGACCAGAUGCCACUGAGCGCACUCUACAAGGUCCGUUUUAACCCAAACAUGGAUUCGUACAACUGGGUGUUGUCGGGCGGUCAGUCGGGUUUGGUGCGUGUGAACUGCGCUCGUGGACUGAGCUGCUCCGUCAUGCUCAAGCAGUUACAUGAGGCUCAGGCCCAGUUCAGCGCCAUGUUCCAGUCUCAGGAGCCCAAUGACUCUGUGACAGCCGUUCGUCACAGCACAGCGGAUACAGUACAAGUGCGCUAGUCUUAAAAUGGAUUGCGAUGUCAUAACAGGCUUAUACUUUUGGACUAUUAUUUUUUAAAUGACUGAGAAACCCAAUUUUUAUCCUUAAAUUAUAAUGAAUGAAGCAAAAACUAUUUUGAUACAAAGCCUCUGACUGCAUAUAUCCGAUUUUAUAUUUUUGUGCAUUUCGUUUUUAGCACUGUACAGAGAGGAAAACCUUUUGAACUUCUUUGCACUGUGUGAAGCUCAGACAGGAAGGUUGUGAUGUUUUUAUGUUCGUAUCGUUAGCUCAAUGUUUUGUCCUUUCCAAGGCAUUUGUGGACAAUGAAAUCGUCAGCACUUAAAAGUACUCGUCGUCGCUUCAUGAGGAGCUGUUCUCCGUUUCCUCCUGUUCCGGGUUCAGUGUUAUAUUGUGAUCAAAUGUAACAGCCUUGACAUGUAGUGCGAAAACUUUGGACUGGAUCGUAACUAUUUGCUAGCCUGUUCUUUUAUCUAUCAUAUCAUCAUCUGUUGUUUUUACUUUAUGCAUUUCUUACCCUGAAUCUCAAUUUUAAAGGAAUAGUUAACCCUAAAAUUUAACGUCAUCAUCACGUCCUUCCAAACCUGUAUGACUAUUUCUUCUGUGGAAGAAGAAAACAGAAAUGUUGAAGAAUGCAUUUGCACAUUUAAUGGAAAUGUAAGGGCAUCCAAACUCCAAAACGACACUCAAAAAAGCACCAAAAUGGUCUAUAUUUUUAGUCCAUAUUCAUAAUUCUUCAGAAGCCACACAUUAAUUUUAUGCGAUCUUGCCAUUUAUUGUCCACAUCUACAUAUUUUUAAAUAUGGAGUCUUUAGAUACAUAUGUUAGUUCUGACAUCAUCGCAAGGUGACCAAUCGUGGACGAUUACUUGUCCAAUCACAGUGCAGCAUUGUAAAUGAGACGAGAGCUACAGUGUAGGAGAAGAUUAUAUGUGAAUAACUUAAAUUUGGGUCUGUUUCCAGGGACUGUUGAACAACUAAUGAAGUAUUUGAGUUGAUUGGACAUUUUCUUUUCCUUUUUUUUUUUUUGACAGCCCAGAUCCCCAUUCACUUUCAUUAUAUGGAAAAGAGUGGCCAUUACUGUACAUUCAUGAACAUUUCUCCUUUUGUGUUCCACAGAAGGAAUAAAGUCAUUCGGUUUUGAAACGGCACGUGGGUCAGUAGAUUGUCAACAUUUUUGCAGAACUAUUGCUUUAAUUCUGCAUCUUGAGCUUUGUUGUCCUUUGUUAUUGUCAUUAUUAUUUGACCUCCCCCAUUUAAAGUCUUAAGUACUCUUUUCCAGCUUGUGCGUUCUUCUUACUCAGGGUUGUAAGGGGCAUCAUUCUGUUUAUAGUCUGCAUGUGAGUUAAAGUUGUCGCUGAACCAAUAGCACUCAUUCGUUGGUCAUUAAGAUCAGAUGUACCUUGAUAUCCGCCUCAUAAUUCAUGACCUCAAUUACGCGUGUGUGAAUGUAAUUGACUCCAGAGAUGAGGAUCUGGAGAGGUGGCAGUCAUAUAAAUGCUGCUGUGGUCACUCAGAUAAGAUUAAAUAAGGAAGCUUAUUAUAAGGCUGCUGUUUAUGUCUGUAGUGGAUUUCAAUUUAGUGUUGUGAUUUAAAGGGAUACUCCACUUUUUUUUUGGAAAUGGGCUCAUUUCAGUUGAGUUUUGCCGUUUUCGAAU